CCAAUUGCAGAUGGAGGAGGGCAGACAGCUCAACAGUGGGUGCAUUCGUCGCAGAAGUUGGGUGCCACGUAUGGCAUUCUUUACAUGUCUUUAUUUUAAAUUCUGUAGAAAGAGAGAGUGAAAUUGAAGUUAUCUCAUCCACUUCUCAUGAGUAAGUGCUGUUAUCUAUAAGUAUGAUCUUGUUUUCUCUCUGCUCGUUAUUGGCAUCACUGUUUGUGUUGGUCACUGGGGGAAAACUGCCCGAGCCCGAAGUGAAAAUUGAGGUGAUACACAAACCCUUCAUGUGUCACCGCAAGUCAAAAAACGGAGACAUGCUUCUUGUUCAUUACGAGGGAUUUCUGGAGAGUAAUGGCACCAUGUUUCAUUCCAGCCGCAAACAUGGGGAUAAAAACCCUGUGUGGCUUACCCUGGGGAUCCGAGAGGUGCUCAAGGGUUGGGAUAAGGGUCUGCAGAACAUGUGCACAGGGGAGCGCAGGAAGCUGACUGUACCUCCAUCGCUGGCAUAUGGCAAGGAAGGAAAAGGGAAAAUUCCUCCAGGCAGCACCCUCAUUUUUGACAUUGAACUCAUGGAGAUUCGAAAUGGGCCCAGGUCACACGAAUCUUUCCGCGAUAUGGAUCUAAAUGAUGACUGGAAGCUCUCCAGACUGGAGGUAAAAGAGUACUUGAAGAAGGAAUUUGAGAAACAUGGCUACUCACCCAACGACACACAUCAUGAAGUUAUGGUGGAUGACAUCUUCAAAAACGAGGAUGAAGAUAAAGAUGGGUUUAUAUCUGCCAGGGAGUUCACCUACCAGCACGAUGAACUGUAAAAGACUUUUUUUUUUUUAUCAGUUUUUUAAAAUAAUAUUUUCACACUAUUUGAACUCCACUCUCAUAUUUUUGUGACUGAACUUGAAAAUAUCAGCUCGAUGUCAUGUUAUUUUAUAUUAAAAGGACUUUUUAAUUUAUAUUUCUAUUGUACAUACACUGAAAAUGCCACCACAAAUGCAUUUAGGUCACUGUUCUGGAUUCAUUAAACUAUUAUUUUGAAAAUAAAAAAAAACUUUGUUAAUUUAUCUUUACUACGUUUAUAAUUAAUGCCCCGAAAAAGUAUAUUGUGACAUAGCUGGAAGUAGCCAUCAGGAAAAUGGCACAUUCUAGUCAUAAAAGCAUGAUAAUGGUAGGCUGUGGUGUUUAAACAAGGCUUUAUUGUAUUAUUAAGAAAACAACCUGAUCUGUUGAUGCAAGGUAUAGCCUAUAAUGUCUGAA